UCGUGUCCAUCGUACGGGGUUGAGAGAGAGCGAGUGAUUGCGCUGGGGCACACUUGAACCUUUAAAGAUGAAGGGUUCCCGAAAGAACUCCCGAGCGCUCGUCUGAUCUUCGACACAAAGAUUCAGAGUACAAUUCUUUCUUCAUCCAUCUACGACAGAUCAGUGACGUUCAGAGUCUGACUGCCAUGAUUAUCCUCAGCAGGGACGUCAGCAGCAGCAGUACAUUCUCUGCUGCAACUACCAGACAACUUCUACUGCAGUGAACAUCUAUUACCCACUACUGAAGUUGGCUGUACAUGUAGAGAGUACGGAGUUCUCUUUCCAGGCGUCUAGAUUUGUAACAUUUGUAAGCGACGGUAGCCAAAAGAACAGACAUUUGCAAUCCCAUGGAAAGUAUCGGGCUUCUGUAGGGCAGGCCGCCGUCUGCUUCACUCACCUCACUACAUAUGUGGAUCAAUGGGAGCAUCUCAACUCAUUACUUGAGCUCAGUAAUCUGACCAUUCUUUUCAACGAUGAUCUUUUAUUCUGCGUUUUAAUGUCUAUGAUGGCAGCUUGAAAGUAUGAUUAUUCUAACAAAAUUGUUCUUGUUUUUCGAUUCUCCGACCGAGACUAUUAGUGAUAGGAAGCUCUUCAAAUGUGUGCAAAAUCAAGUCGUCUGACCUUGAAUCUGUUACUCGAUCUGCAAGAGUUGGAGCAUUUUAUGCAUUUGCCUUUUAAUCAACUAACAGCCAUCGCAACUGUCAACAUGGCGGAUACUUUGAGUGACUUCAUUGCUGCGUUUUUCAAUCAAAAGCAACAUGAUCCGAUGGAAGUUGUGCUGGGUUGUAACAAAAGAUUUGAAAAGAUAGAGCAAGAAGAUGAAGAAGCGUUGACAUUUGAAAGUCAUUCCAGUGAAAGAUAUUCAGAUGAUGGAGCUAUUGUAGAAAUGCCUAUCCGAAAUCUGCAGCAAUCUUUCACCGAAAGCAGAGGUGAGACCAAAAGGUUCAACCGGUCCGAAAUGCGUAAAAUGAGCGAAAUGCAGCUAGUGGAGCAUCUUCGAGAAUGGAAGCGGAUUCCAAAUAAGAAAAGGGCUUUGAUAGGUGAAGCCGAUGUAUAUGAGACUCAUCCAGAAGUUUUAAUGAAAGGAUCUUCUUCAAGUUAUUUUAUCACCAGCACCAGAUAUACCCUCUCGCAGCGGCCAAGAAGACUCAGAAAAACGGAGAACGGCUGUCGCUGGAGACAACAGGGUAGAUCUUACCCAAUCAAUGAUAAUGGAAUACCCGUAGCAUAUAAGACAUAUUUGAGCUAUGUGCCCCUCAAGGAUACACUCAAUCGGCAAACUUUGAGUACAUUAGGAUAUGAGGCUCCAGACAUCAACUUCUUCGUGACGAAGGAUGAGUCCAAUGAUGAUUCACUACUCAGGGCGCAUAAAAAGAAAGAGGUUCGCAAGUGGGCGAUUUGGACCAUGGAGGAGAUCGUCCUUGCGGAAGACCUCGAUUUGGAAAAGGUUCUGCUACAAAACAAUCAGAAGCCAGAUCCUGUUCCUAUGAUUUGUCGAAUAUUAUGCAAAAGGGAUUCUCGCAGCUCAAGGCGAUCAUCAGUUGAUCAUGAAAGCGUGAACUCCAAUUCCAGUUCCAGCUUGAAGGUGAAAACUGAAGAAGAAUAUAGUGUCUAUUUUCAAGCGUGAGAGAGAAAUUUUGGUCAUUCGGAAUCAUUAUCAGCAAACGGGAGCUGUAAACAUGUUGCAGAGUUCAUUCACCCAAUAUAGGCAUCAGUAAUUAUCGCAUAUUUAUCAAUCCAGAAUCCAAUUGAUGUGGAGGUAUUUUAUGUUUGUGGCUAAAAUUCAUGUCC